ACCAAACGUACUCGGUCUUCGUAAUCUCAAUAUUUAUCCAAUUGUUUUUUGAUUUUACUUUUGAUAUGGUUAAAAGAAAACAUUGUUUAAUGAUUGAGAAAAUCAAUUUUUUUCCAUAUGAUAGAAAACAGUUUCUUAUUAAGAAACUUUCAGCAUUAAAACUUUUGUACGAAUUUCAUAUUUUUGUCAUUAGGUUUUUUUUUGUUGAGUACUCGAAAUUAAUAUUUCGAUGAAAAAAAUGCGUUUUUGACAGAAAAUAAGUCAUGUCCACGUGCUCUAUAGAUAUUAUAUCUACUGUGAACGACAGAUCAGGUUAAUCGAAAACAACAGUGAAGGAAGGUCAGAACAGGAAUUUGACGAAAAUUAGCUCUGACUAUUUAGUAUGCUAUUCGAUGCAGAUUUUUGUGUUGAUUCUGAAUAUGAUAUUCGUUUUUUUUUGCUCAAGCUGAAAUUUUGAUCUCGAAAUGCAGGCAUUAAGUUUUUCCUAACUAUAUUAAGAGUAAAAUCAAAAAACAAGGAACUUGGAUAGAUAUUGAGACUAUUGAUGCUUGAUAUAUUUGGCAUAUUUCAAUAUUUAUAGGCUUUUCUCAUUUUUUUUAAAUCUAACUUUCUUAAGUUUCACUACACAAACAUCGUCUGAAAAUGUUAAAAACAAUAUUUCUUAGGUAACUCGAAAAACUCCAUCCAACUAUGACAAAAAGAAUAUUGCUUAAAUUUUGAAUUGCCGUCAUCUUAUACACCAUUAAAAUAAUAACAAAAUAGUUUUCUUUUAUAUAGAAUGGAUCUAUCAUUGGGGAAAUAAUUAUUCUAAAACAUAUGAAAGUACUAGUCCAAUGUGGUGUAAAGAAAAACAUUGGGAUUUAAUACUAUAUCCAGCUGAACCAGCAUGGGAACAACAUGAAACAAUAAACAGAACUUUUCAAGCGUUGAAACGAUGGGAUGAUUCAAGUGAUACAUGUCUUGUUUCACUUUUAUCAACAAAUAUACAACCAUUUCUUUGUGAGAUCGUCGGUGAAUAA